CGCGCCGCUGUUAGAGAAUCAACUCAUCAAUAAAUGUUGGCGAGUUUAUUCCCGAUCAUAACACGUGAUCACUGUAAAACACGAUUUAGAACGAUCAAUGACGACUUGAUUUAAAAUACGUCAACUGUUCGUGGUGUUUAAUCAUUUGAUGCGUGUAGGAUUGUAGUAUUUGCGAUAUUGUGCGAUAGACAGACAGGAUGACUUCUGCAAAGGAGAUCAAACAAAUACAGAAAGCCAAGAGUAAAGCACAAAGCAGCAAUAAUCUGAAAGAGGAGGCCAGUCUGUGCAAUCAGCUGGGAGAGGUGUACGCUAAAACAGGUAACUAUCAUGCUGCUAUUGAAGAGCAUCGUCAGGAAUUGGCCCUGUCUGAGAUUUUAAACGAUGUGAUUGGUUCAGCUGUGGCUAAUAGGAAGAUUGGAGAAUGUUAUGCAGAACUGGGGAACAUUGAAGCUGCUCUUAAGCACCAGCGGCUUCAUUUGAAUCUGGCUCGAUCCGUCAAUGAUGCAGCAGAGGAGCAGAGAGCCCUGGCCACCAUCGGACGCACGUACCUCUUCCUCUUUGAUUCUGAUCAAUCACGAGACAGCUUAAAGCAUGCCGAAGAUGCCUUCAAGAAGAGUUUAUCCAUCGUAGAUGAACGACUAGAAGGUUCUGUAUCGCAGCGAGAGCUCUGUGAGAUGAAGGCACGCCUGCUGUUGAAUCUGGGCUGUGUGUAUGAUGGACUGAAAGAACCACAGCGCUGCAGUGACCACAUCAGACACAGCAUCUACAUAGCAGAGAAGAACAACCUUCUGGAAGAUCUUUAUCGUGCGAACUUCAACCUGGGCAGCAUUCACUUCCGAAACGGACAGCACUCACGGUCCAUGCGCUGUUUUGAGCAAUCUAAAGAAUGUGCUCGCAAAAUGAAGGACAAAUUCAGUGAGAGCGAAUGUUUCCACAGUAUCGGCAAGAUAUUGCUUCAUCUGGGUGACUUUGCAGCAGCGCGGCGCUCUCUAAAGAAAGCGUUCAUUCUGGGUUCCCAGCAGCCUGCAGAUCGUGAAGCCGUCAAGAAAGAUUUUAAACUCUCGAUCCGUGGCUGUCAGUUGGAGCAGGCGGCGUCUGAAGUGACUGAAAAGUUUUCUCAUGAGGCCAUGGAUCUCUCAGAGCAGAUGGGUGAUCUCUUCUGUAAAGUGAGCUGCUAUAGGAAAGCUCUGGAGGCUUAUCAGACACAACUGGCGUGUGCAGAGGCUUUAGGAAAGCCAGCUCGUGAGUUAGCUGUCAUCCACGUGUCACUGGCGGCCACAUACACAGACCUGCGACAACAUCCCAAAGCUGUUGAACAUUACAGACAAGAACUACAGCUGAGAGAGGGCAACCCCAAAGAGGAGUGUGAGACAUGGCUGAACAUUGCAGUUUGUCAGGAAGAGAUGGGAGAGUCAAUGGAGAAGAUCGAUGCCAGUUACACUGCUGCUCUGAGCUGCGCUGAGAAAUCACGUCUAAACAAACAACAGAGACGGGUCUUCAGGGUGUGGUUACAGGCACAGCGGCGCAGCGGCUCCUCGCAGUGUGAAGACACAGAAGCUCGACUUCAGGAACUGUGCGAGAGAGACGGUCGGAGUCUGGAGGACAGUGAAGAGGAGGAGGAAGAAGAGGAAGUGGAGAACAGCGAACCUCUAGAGGACAGUGAUAUCCAGUACUCUGAGUCUGAUGAUGAUCUGGAGGGCUAUGACAAGAUCGUUACGGGCAAGAGGAAGACUCAGAGGUGGAACCGACGCAAUGAGAAAGGGGAGACAGUUCUGCACAGAGCCUGUAUAGAGGGAAACCUGAAGCAAGUCCAGUACCUGCUGGAACAGGGUCACCCUGUUAACCUCAGGGAUUACUGCGGGUGGACGCCUUUGCAUGAAGCCUGUAACUAUGGUCAUCGAGAGAUUGUAGCCGUACUGUUAGAACAUGGAGCGAAUGUAAGUGACCCCGGCGGUCGAAACUGUGAGGGCGUUACACCCCUUCAUGACACCCUAAACUGCGGCCACUUCACCGUCGCUCAACUGCUGAUACAGAAGGGAGCGUCGGUCACCGUUCGCAAUAGCAAGGGACACACUCCUCUGGACACUUUGCAACAAUGGUUUAAGAACUACAGCCGAGAAUUGGACCAGGAGACAAAGCAGGAGUGUUUGGAGACUGAGAAACUUUUAAAGAGAGCACUGUCAGGGGAUGUCUCUUUUGUGUCAGUGGCUCCACGCCAGCAGAGGAAGCUGCAGGACAGUCAGCUCUUUGAUGCUGAGUGUACUGAACCGCUUCUACAGCAGGCUGAGGUGCCUCCCUUGCCCCAGCGGAAUAUUCCCCGCUGUACUGCCACCAACCGUGCUACAAAAAACUCUCCUCCAAGACACAGGGACCACUCCGGCCCAGCCCGCCGGUUGAGAGGGAUGGAAGCAGAUGUUCUGUACGGGAAUGAUAGCAGCUCCUCCGAUUAUUCAGACUCUGAUUGCUCAAUCAGCACUUUGCAAACCGUUCAUCCUAGACAACGUUCCCCAGUCGCCCAGUCCCCACAGGAAGUCCCACCCAACCAGGAAGUGCCCUCCAUAUAUGGCAUCAGAGAAGCUGUGUUAAGCCCCCAGUCUAAAUCGGGUAGAAUAGAGUACCAAAAGGUCAUGCAAAACCUGGGCAGUGCCAAAUCGCGCCUCAUUACUCAGAGCCUUUCAGAGCCGGCCUUUACCAGCACUCCAGCUGUGUCGGCCAAUAGCAGAUCGGCGUUGGUCCCUGAGGACGAGUAUCUGGCAGAUGAUUGGCUGGAUGAUGACCUGAUGGAUGUUCAGCCCAAGAAGAAACGGAGAGUGUCUGAGCAUAAUAUCCCAUGCGAAACAAGUUCCAGAACUCAAAAUAAUUUCUCUGUAUCUAACGAAGCGUCUCCAAGAGUUCAGAGUUCAUCCACCAGGGGGCUGUCUCUUAAUAAAGGAUCCAAUAAGUCUCGACAGGUGAAGAUGAAUCAACUGCCUGGCAUGGUGAUGCUGGGUAGAAGAGAGGUCAGCAGGUCACAGAGUCCCGUCAUGACCCAAGAACCUGACCCGAUACAUGAUCCUGUACCUCCUACACAUCAGCCAGUGGCAGUAUUUCAGAACAGAACAUCCCAUGUGCCUGUACCAAUCAGAAUGAGGGUCAGAGUUCAAGAUAAUGUCUUCUUGAUUCCUGUUCCACACAGUGAAGCAGACUCCUGUACGGUGGCGUGGUUGUGUGAACAGGCUGCUCAGCGUUACUAUCAGAAGUGUGGAUUACUGCCAUGCCUCUCCUUGCAGAAAGAGGGCGCCCUCCUCUUACCCACUGAUCCACUGCUGGCUGUGCUGCACACCAAUGAAGAGGUUCUUGCUGAGGUGUGUUCAUGGGAUCUUCCUCCUCUCCCUGAGCGCUACAGAAAAGCCAGUCAGAGUCUUGGAGUGGAGGAGAACAAGCGUGUAACUCGCUUGUGUGAGGUGCAGGACAGCAGCUCUUGUGUGAAUGUUUGUGGACUCAGUUUGUCUCCAGCAUCUCUGGCUCCUCUCCUCCGAGCUUUAAAACUACAGGCCAACCUCACUGAACUCCACAUCUCUGCCAACCGUCUGAACAAUGACCUCCUUCCAGAACUGAUGUCUGCUGCUGCCACAAUGCCCAGACUACGGGUUUUAGACAUAUCAGCCAAUCAGAUCACUGGAGAGGGAAUCAAAAAAGCAACAGACACCAUUGAGGGGCGGAGUCAACCUGCUUUUCCUUGUCUCGAGGAAUUAAAUUUCAGUAUGAAUCCUCUGGGUGAUGGAUGGGCACAAGCGCUGGCAAGUCUUCUGUCCGCCUGUCCCCUGCUCUCCACUCUAUCCCUGCAAGCCUGUGGCCUAUCAGCACGCUUUCUUCAGCAACACCGUCUCCUAUUGGCUAACUCCAUGGCCUGCACUGGGAACCUGACGUCAGUGUGUCUCUCCUACAAUGCAUUGGGCUCUACUGGUUUUGAGCUUGUGUUGAAGACAUUACCAAUGAACUGUAUUAAAAACCUUCAGCUGUCUGCGCUAUGUAGAGGUCCAUCUGACCAGCCUUCCCUGGAAAUCCUCACUAAACUCCUUACACAGGGUGACUGUCCGCUCGUGCAUUUAAGUCUUGCUGGAAACGGUCUGACGGACCACAGCAUGCUUUCUCUCGCCAGUUGUCUUCCAUUCUGUCAUUCCCUGGAGUCUUUGGACUUGUCGGCCAACCCUGCUGUGACCUCAGCUGGGCUUCAAAGUCUCCUUAACGCCCUCGUGGAGGCCCAGCGACCUUUGACACAUCUCAAUCUUCAAGGUUGUCAGGUAUCCGGCCCGUGGGGUGAUCUGUGUAUGGACAGCUUGUCUGAUUAUAUUCAGGAUCUGCGACUGUGUUCUCAAAGUCUGAAUAAACUGGACCAACAGGCACUGCAACAGAGCUGGAGACAGAGAACAGAACCUGUGCACAUCUUCUCUUGCAACUCCAAAUGCUUGCUGAGCAUUACUGCAGCCUCUCGCUAAACUUUACAUCACAAGUUGCCAGCAAAUAGUCGGUUUGCUGCAGGCAAUGCUGUGCAUUUCUUUAUCACACUCGGGACUAUUAUUUACGUUAGGAUUACUCCUCACAACAAAUAUCUAUUUUUAGACAUGUUUGGUGAACACAUUUAUUGAUAAAUGUUAUCUGAAAUUGUAGCGUGUGUGCUGUAAUAUUUGUCUAUAAAUGUUGUCUGCAAUUGUGGUCUUUUUUUAUGAUCAUUGUAAUUAUUUGUAUGGACAAAUUUGUUUGUGUUUAUAAGAAGUUGCUGUCACUUCCGACCCAUUUUAUUGCAUAAUUCUUCCUGCAAAUUCUAUUUGCUGUGGAAUAAUUCAGAAUUUUCCAAAAUUAUGUUUUGUAUGAAAUGGGUGUGAGAUAUCAGUUUGCAUGGUGUUACCCUUUUCGACAACCGAUGGUUUAAUGCAACGAAAGAAAACGAGCCACAAAAUAUUAAUUCAAGCAUCCUCUUUUUAUUAAAAGUGAUCUUUAAAUAUAGCUGUGUAGCAUUACAAUGCCACAAAAGCACAAGUCUGUUUUAAACAUGUUAAUUUCUGUUGACAGCAGAAAACAUUUCAGUACAAUAAAGGCAAAUGCGUGUGAUAAACAUGCAAAAAACAACCAUAUCAUUUCCAUCAUCAUUUUACGAGCCUCCUACUAAAACCGAUCUGCAGGAAGUGUGAUUUACUAAACCACAACA